AUGUGGAGAAGAAGACCACCUCCUGUUUCACUUCUCCCCUUGUCCAAACCAUUUUCUUUCUCAACCUCAACCUCCUUAUACUCCUUCUUGGACCCUUCAAUCUUCUCCUUCCCUAAGAAGCCACCUCCUCCUCCUCCUUCACCUUCACCUUCCUCCAAUCCUAACUCCCCAGAGGCCACCCAAUCCCCAAUAACCCAACACCAGCUCGAGAUCACCCUCCACCAAUCCCUCCUCGCCAAAGACACCGACCUCGCUUGGAGAUCCUUCAAGUCCCUUCUUCCCAACACCAACAACCCCCUCUCCAACUCCCUAAUCACCCACCUCGCCUCCCAAACCGACGCCUCCGUCCUUAACCUCAAGCGGGCGUUUGCCUGCUCCGUUUACCUGAUCGAGAAGAACCCACAUGUGAUCGAGUUCGAAACGGUCCGUUCCCUUCUGGGUUCCAUGAAAGAUGCAAACUUGUCUGCCCCCGCGUUUGCUCUCGUCAAAUCCAUGCUUAGAUACAGGUACUUUAUGCCUUUUUCCAUGUGGGGUGACUUGCUGGUUGAGAUCAGCCAGAAGAGUGGUAAAGGCGUGGCCUUUUUUCGGGUUUUCGAGGAGUGUUGUAGGGUGGCUGUGGAGGAGAAGGUGGAGUCUAUGAGACCUAAUUUGAAUGCUUGCAAUGCCGCGUUGGCGGCGUGCUGCUACGAGAUGGCGUCGGUGAGUGAUGCGGAGAGCAUUGUGGAGAAGAUGUCGGUGUUCGGACUUAGGCCUGAUGAGCUAACCAUAGGUCUGCUUGCUUACUUGUAUGCAUUGAAAGGGAGUGUAGAUAAGGUUGUUCAGUUGAAGAGUUUGUUGUUUGGGCUUGGUUUUCGGAGCAGGAGGUUCUUCUAUGGUAGUUUGGUUAGUGGGUAUGUGAAGUCUGGGGAUUUGGGGUCCGUUUUGGAGACUGUCCUGUCCGGAUUGAGGGACGAAGACAAUGAGGGUCCGAGGUUUGGCAAUGAGACUUACAAUGAGGUGGUUAAAGGGUUUGUGAAGGCUGGUGAUGUAGCGGGGUUGGCAAAUUUGAUUACCAAGGCUCAGGAGUUAGAGCCGGAGAGUUUAGAGUAUGAUAAAACUGUUGGUUUUGGGAUAAUAAAUGCUUGUGUUAAUCUUGGAUUUUCAGACAAGGCGCACAGCGUCGUGGAUGAAAUGGAUGUGCAAGGCGGUUCCAUGGGGCUCGGGGUUUAUGUGCCCAUCUUGAAGGCUUAUUGCAAAGAGCAUCAAACAGCUGAAGCUACCCAGCUGGUCAUGAAGAUCAGCAAUGCAGGACUGGUUUUAGAUGCAAACAGUUAUGAUGUUCUCAUUGAAGCAUCCAUGGCAAGCCAAGAUUUCCAUUCGGCUUUUACGUUGUUUAGGGACCUGAGAGAGAGCAAAGUGGAGGAUCUGAAAGGCAGUUAUCUCACAAUCAUGACGGGGUUGAUGGAGAACCAGCGUCCCGAAUUGAUGGCCGCAUUUCUGGACGAUGUUGUCGAAGACCCUCGAGUUGAAGUGAAAACCCACGACUGGAAUUCGAUUAUUCAUGCCUUCUGUAAGGCCGGUCGAUUAGAAGAUGCUAAGAGAACUUUCAGAAGAAUGGCUUUCCUUCAGUUCGAACCAAAUGAUCAAACAUACUUAUCCCUGAUCAAUGGAUAUGUGACGGGGGAGAAAUAUUUCAAUGUUCUAUUGCUAUGGAAUGAAGUAAAGCGAAAGGUCUCGGUUGAGAAGGAUAAAGGUUUAAACUUUGAGCCGAGUUUGGUUGAUGCAUUCCUUUAUGCAUUGGUUAAAGGAGGCUUCUUCGAUGCUGUGAUGCAAGUUGUAGAAAAAUCUCAGGAGAUGAAAAUCUUUGUGGAUAAAUGGAGGUAUAAGCAAGCAUUCAUGGAAACUCAUAAGAAGCUCAAAGUAUCAAAGUUGAGGAGGAGAAGCUUCCGCAAGAUGGAGGCUCUUGUUGCCUUCAAGAACUGGGCUGGUCUAAAUGCAUGA